GGAGGGCGCGCAGUCCCAGCCCAGAGCUUCAAAACAGCCCGGCGGCUUCGUCUCGCGCCCCAGCCCGUCGGUCGGUCCAGCCGCCAGCGCCCGCACAUCUCUCUCUCUGGGCCUUACACGCGACCCCUCACCCCACGGUGCCCUGCGAAAAUGUUGGUGCUUCUGGCUUUCAUCAUCGUCUUCCACAUCACCUCCGCUGCGUUGCUUUUCGUUGCCACCAUCGACAAUGCCUGGUGGGUAGGAGAAGAGUAUUUUGCAGAUAUCUGGAGAGUGUGCGUCAACAACACGAAUUGUACGGAAAUCACUGACUCCUUUAAAGGUUACUCCACGGUGCAGGCGGUGCAGGCCACCAUGAUCCUGGCCACCAUCCUCUGCUGUGUCGCCUUCCUCAUCUUCGUGCUGCAGCUCUUCCGUCUCAAGCAGGGAGAGAGAUUCGUUUUAACCUCCAUCAUCCAGCUCAUGGCGUGCCUGUGUGUCAUGAUUGCAGCUUCCAUUUACACGGACCGGCGUGAAGACUUUCACCAACACAACUCGAAUGUCUAUUUGCUGACCUCGGAGGGCAAAUACGGCUACUCCUUCAUCCUGGCGUGGGUGGCCUUCGCCUUCACCUUCGUCAGUGGCCUCAUGUACCUGAUAUUGAGGAAGCGCAAAUAGAACACUAGGAGCUAGGGCGCUUUCACUGCAGUACAGAAUUCACACUCAGA